CUGGGCAGGCUGCUGGGGUAAUGAAAGGGCUGUUGAAAGCAUGGAGGCCGCUGUGCCUGGAUCCAGGGAUGGCUCUGUCCUGCUCUGUCCUCACCAGGGCCUUUGUUUGGGCACUGAAAGGCCCAUAGACCAGCUCUGAGCAAUACUGUUUUCUAUGCUCUGACCCCUCCAGGUGGGUAGGGCCUAUGUUGGCAUGUGCCCAAGGCCCUGAUUGGGCCCCUGCAGGGAAGGAAAGUGGAGUUGGGGUUCAUUGCCUGCAAUGAUGGGGACACUCCUAGGCCCCUUCCCUCUUGGGCAGUAGCCGCUCAAAGGGACUGUGCUGGGUGGAAUUCUGGUCAGGAAAGCCGGCUUGACCCGCCUGUCCCUUCUCCAUGUGUAUCCCCUACCCUUUCCUCAUGCCUCACAUCAUUCCUGUCCCCAACCCAGGGCGGCUGCAUCCACGGCCCUUAGGAUGUCCAGUGAAGGGAGCAGCACAGAUGGCAAAACAGACUUGGCAAACGGAAGCCUGUCCAGCAGUCCAGAGAUGUCCGGGGCAGAGGAGGGCAGGGAGGCAUCAUCCGGCAUCGAGGUGGAGGCCUCAGACCUGAGCCUGAGCCUGACAGGGGAUGAUGGUGGCCCCACCCGCACCAGCACCGAGAGCCACGGCUCUGACACGGAGAGCUCAGGCGAGGACAAGGACUCUGACAGCAUGGAGGACACAGGCCACUACUCAGUCACGGGGGAGAGCCAGGUGCAUGGCCCCUCGGACGAUGAAGAUGAGGAGGAGGAGGAGGAUGACGACGAUGAUGACGAUGACGAGGAGUCACAACAACCCCGGCGCGGGACACAGCAGCGCAAGCGGCCUAGUCGAGAGCAGGACUCGUCGGACGAGGAACGGGCCUUGGAAGACUGGGUGUCCUCGGAGACCUCAGCGCUGCCCCGACCACGCUGGCGUGCCCUGCCGGCUCUGCGGGCCCGGGCUCUAGGCUGCAGUGCCCGCUUCGUGCCUGAGGCCUGUGGAGCCCGUGUGUUUGUGCAGCGGUUCUGCCUGCAGCACGCACUUGAGGGCCACUCGGGCUGUGUAAACACACUGCACUUCAACCAGCGCGGCACCUGGCUGGCCAGCGGCAGUGAUGACCUGCGCGUGCUUGUGUGGGACUGGGUACGACGGCGGCCCGUGCUGGACUUUGAGAGUGGCCACAAGAGUAAUGUGUUCCAGGCCAAGUUCCUCCCGAACAGUGGGGACUCCACCCUGGCCAUGUGCGCCCGCGAUGGGCAGGUGCGGGUAGCUGAACUGUCGGCCACUCAGUGCUGCAAGAACACGAAGCGUGUGGCCCAACACAAAGGGGCGUCACAUAAGCUGGCUCUGGAGCCUGACUCGCCCUGCACCUUCCUCUCUGCCGGUGAGGAUGCAGUUGUCUUUACCAUCGACCUCAGACAGGACAGGCCUGCCUCGAAGCUGGUGGUGACGAAGGAAAAGGAGAAGAAAGUGGGGCUGUACACCAUCUAUGUGGACCCUGCCAAUACCCACCAGUUUGCAGUGGGUGGCCGAGACCAGUUUGUGAGGAUCUAUGACCAGAGGAGGAUUGAUGAGAAGGAGAACAACGGUGUGCUCAAGAAGUUCUGUCCACAUCACCUGGUCAACAGUGAGUCCAAAGCAAACAUCACCUGUCUCGUGUAUAGCCACGAUGGCACAGAGCUCCUGGCCAGCUACAACGAUGAAGACAUUUACCUCUUCAGUGCCUCCCAUAGCGACGGGGCCCAAUACACCAAGCGCUACAAGGGCCACCGGAAUAAUGCCACAGUGAAAGGCGUCAACUUCUACGGUCCCAAGAGUGAGUUUGUGGUCAGCGGCAGCGAUUGUGGGCAUGUCUUCCUGUGGGAGAAGGCGUCCUGCCAGAUCGUCCAGUUCAUGGAAGGGGACAAAGGCGGUGUGGUCAACUGUCUGGAGCCACAUCCACACCUGCCCGUGCUGGCCACUAGUGGCCUGGACCAUGAUGUGAAGAUCUGGGCACCCACAGCUGAGGCAUCGACUGAACUGACAGGCCUCAAGGAGGUGAUCAAGAAGAACAAGCGGGAGCGGGACGAGGACAGCUUGCAGCACACUGACCUUUUUGAUAGCCACAUGCUCUGGUUCCUCAUGCACCACCUGCGGCAGAGGCGCCACCACCGGCGCUGGCGGGAGCCAGGGACCGGAGCCACAGAUGCAGACUCAGUGGAAUCUCCUAGUUCGUCUGACACAUCGGAUGAGGAGGAGGGCCCCGACCGCGUGCAGUGCAUGCCCUCCUGAAUACCAGGGGCUGGGGCGCUGCCCAUAGCUGCUGAGCCCCUGGAUUGGACAGUCCCUGCAGCCUCGUGAGCCCUCGGACCUGGGUCUUCCCCCACCAUGGGUCUUGGCUCAAGGCAGAAUCGCACUUUGGACUUGGCUCAAGAGAAAGGAGUUGGGCUGGGGGACUGUGCAGAGCUUAAUGCAGAUGUGGGGGGCUGGGGCCACCUUCUUUGUGACUGAGGGGGUGCAGGUCCUGGGCUGGGAGGGGAGAGUUAGCCGCUGUUGCCCAUAAGCCAGCCAUUUGGUUUGGGUUCUGGGCCAUUUCUUUUAUUUUUAUGUCUUGGAUCAUUUUCUUGUUUGUCCUGAACCCCCCACCCACCACACAUACAUCCCAAUGCCCCCAAUCUGGGGCUCUGCUGCUUGGUGCCCAGACUUGGGUUCCAAGUCCUCCCUCCCCCAUGGCAGUCACCUCUGGGUGCAUCCCCUGCUGCCACAGUCAACCGUCCCCAUAGGGCAGCGUGCCCCUUCCCUGUUAGAGGCCUAUUUUAUAUCUAUAAAGACAUUGACAAGCA